UACCGUACAUAUAUGUCAACUAAAUUUAUAUUUUUAUUAACAAAUUAUCAAUACACAAAAAACAUCGUCAAUAGUAAAAUAGAUAGGUACUAGUACUACUAGCAGUCAAACAUUUUAUCGCGUCAAACAAGUUUAAAUGUUCGAUUAUAUUAGACUAGCUUUUUGAUGGCGACCGAUAACAACAGACACGGACGAAAUGCUAUCGGAAAAAUAAUGCAUUUUAUCGGCUGCCGAAAUAGACAUACUAGAAAAGUCAUCAGAGUCUACAGGGGGAAGGAUAUGGCCACUUGUCCCCUCUAAUUGGAUCCGCGCCUGAUGGGUGAUACAAUAGCGAUUAUCACAGUGUGAAUUUCACACUAUCAAAACAUUCUCGCCAUAAUAUAAUAUUUUACUUUACAAAUGUUUGUCUGACAUUUAUGUGUGUCAUCUGUAUAUUUUUUUAUUCAAUUUCUAUGGGUGUGCUAAAAUUAUUAAAUUAUUUUACCGAAACAUACUUGGAUCCAGAUAUUUGUCUAUUUAAUAGAAAUAUGUGGAAUCAUUUUAAUACAGAUGGAGCAAGGACCAUAAACCACCUUGAAGGAUGGCAUGCAGCUCUUAAUAAAGCUGUUGGUAGACCAAAGCCAAAUAUUUUUAUUUUAAUCAAAGAGCUAAAAAACCAACAAUCAAACUUCGAGCUUGACCUCAUAGCACAAAAAAACUGCAAUAGACCACGAAAGAUGAAAACUAAAUAUAGAAAAUUAGAAGAAAGGUUAUCAUUUGCAAAAGAUAGGUUACUGAAUGGUACGAUUUGUAUUUUGGAAUACUUAGAUGCAAUAAUGUUUCAUUUUCAUUUAGAAAACGGAAGCUUAUAAUGUUAAUUGUUAAUUUAUAGUAUUAAUAGUAAAGUUGACUUGAACAAUGUUCGUGAUUUAUACAAAUAAUUUAAAGCAAUAAAAAAUAAUAUAGUUUAAUUAGUAAGUAUAAUUCAUCACAAUAUAGUGUGUCGGCAAAUCGGGUGUCGGCAAAAUGGUGUGUCGGCGAAUUGAUUUGUCGGCCAAUCGGUACGUCACGGUUUGCGCACAGUACAUAAUAUUUUACCUGGAAACUAACUUAUAAAGCAGUUUAUCCUAUAUUUUUUUAAGUAAGCAUAAUUACAUUUUCAAAUAAAAUCUAUAUAUUACCUGAUUGAUUAACGGGGUUUUUUUCUAAAACUGUUGAAAAAAUGUAAUACAUGUACUUUAUUGAAAUUUUUGUUUUAUUGUUUAACUUAAAUAUUUAAACUAACAAAUAAAAAAUAAAAAUAAUGUACUAAUUUAUUAUUAUCUAACUACCUAACUUUACUACAAUAU